UCACAAGCAAGCGAAAAAGAAGUUGUUCCUCUCUUCCCUUCCGGCUCUUCUUCGCCUGUAUAUAUCGAACGUCUCUCCCUCGGUACUUCACCAGUGUCUCGUGCAAUUUGCAUUCUUCUUCCGAUACUGAAAUCUCUCUUCGAAUCGCUUCGAACCCCGUGGACCGCGAGGAUCGGUCGGCUCGGAAAUGGCGAUGAAGCGCGCCGGUGUGUCUGCCAUCAGGGCUCUGUGCUCGUCCCCGAAUUUGACCCGACACGUCCAUUCUCCUGCUGGAAGCAAGAAGAUCGUGGGUGUGUUCUACAAGGCCAAUGAGUAUGCUGAGCUGAAUCCCAAUUUCGUGGGCACUGUCGAGAGAGGUUUGGGCAUACGCGACUGGCUGGAAUCGCAAGGCCAUCAGUACAUAGUCACAGAUGACAAGGAGGGACCGGACUGCGAACUUGAGAAGCAUCUUUCCGAUCUUCAUGUCCUCAUAUCGACCCCCUUUCACCCUGCCUAUGUCACUGCGGAAAGAAUCAAGAAGGCGAAGAAUUUGCAGCUUCUUCUCACUGCCGGGAUCGGUUCCGACCACAUCGAUUUGAAGGCUGCAGCUGAAGCAGGGUUGACGGUUGCGGAAGUCACCGGAAGCAAUGUUGUUUCGGUUGCGGAGGAUGAGCUCAUGAGAAUCCUCAUCCUGGUAAGGAACUUUUUGCCUGGACAUCAUCAGGUCAUCGAGGGCGACUGGAAUGUGGCUGGCAUAGCAUACAGAGCUUACGAUCUUGAAGGAAAAACUGUCGGGACUGUCGGCGCCGGACGAAUUGGCAAGCUUUUGCUACAGAGAUUGAAGCCUUUCAACUGCAAUCUCCUCUAUCACGACCGCUUGAAAAUGGACCCAGAACUGGAGAAGCAGACUGGUGCCAAAUUCGAGGAGGACCUCGAUGCGAUGCUUCCGAAAUGCGACGUAAUUGUGUUCAACAUGCCUCUGACUGAGAAAACAAGAGGAAUGCUCGAUAGAGAGAGGAUUUCCAAGCUGAAGAAAGGUGUCCUUAUCGUCAACAAUGCUAGAGGAGCACUCGUGGAUACACAAGCUGUUGCCGAUGCCUGCGCCAGCGGACACAUCGGAGGUUAUAGUGGGGAUGUUUGGUUCCCGCAACCAGCACCCAAGGACCACCCCUGGCGGUACAUGCCGAACCAGGCCAUGACGCCUCAUAUUUCCGGCACAACUAUAGACGCGCAGCUGCGAUACGCAGCCGGGACCAAAGACAUGCUGGACAGGUACUUCAAGGGACAGGAAUUCCCUGUCCAGAAUUACAUCGUCAAGGAGGGCGUGCUGGCCCCUCAGUACCGCUGAUUUCCCGCCGCCUCCUCGGCUCGUGCAGUUCCCGUGUGUGUUCGAGUUUUCGUGAUCGUCGAGCUUGCUACAAGUUGCGGGAUCUUGAACAAGUGUAAUAAUGCUGCUCUCUUUCAAUGUUUUUCUUGAAGUGUUUCUUUAGUUUGUGCUUGUAUUGAAGAUUUGAUGAAGUGUGUUUUAAGAAUGGAACUGUACUCUUCGUGCAAA